AUGGCUGCCCGCCGCUCUCUCAAGGACCAGCUCGCAGAGCUCUCCCAAACUGCCCCCGUCGACCUCGACCCUGAGGAUGCACUCGCAGGCAUCGACCACCCCGAAGGAAAUCGAUUGUCCAUCGAUGAUUCUGCUGCCAGAGAACACUACAUUGAUGUCGCGCCUUCUGCAAUACGUAAACUGCACGAUUCUGUGAAUGACUCCAAGUAUGACGGCGUUCGCACUAGUCGCAAACAGCUCGACGACUUCUCAGACCACAGCAGCAUUUCCGAGGGUCAGGAUGAGGAGGUAGACGAAGAAGAGGACGAACUGGAACAUUCGCAUAGCGAAGGCGCGACCGAGGACGACGCAGAACUCGAGAGCCCGUCAGAAGGAGAGGAGGACGCCUCAGGCUCCGAAAGCGAAGACGGGGUAUCGCAAUUACGGGCAAUCGCGCUGUCUUCACCGGACGCCCCACCGGCAAAUAUAUCCGACCCCCCGCAGGAAAACGAUAUCGCGUCCAAUCUCCGGAAGACGCACGAGAUCGACAAGAAAAAGGGCAGGGCCGUAUCACGUCAGAUCGCUCUAUGGGAUACGUUGCUCGAUGCCCGUAUUCAGCUGCACAAGGCCGUCACUGCCGCGAACCGGCUUCCAUCGCCUGCUGAGAUCGAGCAAUACGUCGCGCAUCCCGCUGCGCGCGAGGCGUUGGACAGCUUCUUCGACACAGCCGACGGUCUCACCGAAGAGCUAUUCUCUCUCCAGGAGGAUCUCCUGCGCGUAAAUGAAUCGAUAGAACCACCCGCUAGAAAGCGACGCAGGCUCGAAGCAGUGACGGAGCCGGCGCGUGAGUAUGGCGAGGCACUGACCGCACUAUCGGCGUCGGCAUCUGCGCUCGAGGCGAGCUGUCACCCCUGGCUUGUCGAUACGCUGUCCAAGUGGUCCGCGAAGGUGCAAGCGGUCGCCCCCAACGUCCUGUUGCCUGACAACAAGGGCUCCUUCAUGCGGAACGGCAAGGCCCCUGCCCAUGCCGGCGUUGCCAGCCUCAUCGACGACGUCCUCCGCUCAGACAACGCGAAGCUACUCGAUCGGACGCGGAAGCGCAAAGACAAGCACACGCGCAUCGGGCACGUGUCGGUAGCCGACGGCGAUGACGAACGUGCAGACGCGGACGUGUUCGACGACACGGACUACUACCAGCAGCUCCUGCGAGACGUCAUCGCCGCGCGGGGUGGGGGCGACGCGCAGGGGGAGCAACAGUGGCAGGCGGCGCAGCGCGAGCGCAAGGCGAAGCGGAGAAAGACGGUGGACACGAAGGCGAGCAAAGGCCGGAAACUCCGGUACGAUGCGCACCCGAAGCUGCAGAACUUCAUGGUGCCCGUGCCGGUCGUCGUGGGCGAGUGGCACGAGGAGCAGAUCGACGGCUUGUUCUCGUCGCUGCUGCAGACGUAGCCCCUUUGUGUAUCGUCUGGGCGGGACUCCUCACUGCUAGGCGGGGCAGUUUGUUUGUGUUGUAGCGUGCUUGGCACUAUGGGAGCCAGCUUUGUGCAAGCAUCAU